AGGCUCCAGCAGCAGCAGCAGCAGCAGCAGCAGUGCUAACAGCUAGCGUCAGUGGACACCGACUGCCGGGCACGGCGCUGUUGUGGACAAAAACAGACAGGGAGAGGGAUUCAUAACGGAGGGAUACAACCACCAAGCCGGCUCUGAUAGCAACAGCUACACAGACGUAAAAUUCAUACCUGCUUGGCUGAAGAGGUGGCCGGUUACGGGGAGCAGUAGCGGCCGGGCUCCGGGACUAAAGCGGAUAUUUCCAGAAUAUCAUACUACGCUGAAUAUGACGCCCAGUUAGCCCCAGCAGGAGCAUCUGAGUCAGGCAUGGCGUCGUCUUCCUAUUUGGAACCCAACCACAACCAUUCAGGAUCGGGUGGUUGUGCGGUUAAAUCCCGCUCCGGGAUGCCUGGUGGUACUGGUGUUGGUACCAGUGGCUCUGCUGGAGGCCUCGAACGGCCCCCUGGCUCCAUGGACCGGGUUCUGAAGAUCUUCCAUUACUUUGAGACAAACAGCGAGCCAUGUACCUGGGCUAGUAAUAUCAGACACGGAGAUGCUACAGAUGUCAGGGGUGUUAUCCAGAAAAUAGCCGAGAUUCACAAAUUACGCUGUGUGUCCUCUCUGGGCCUCCGUCUGACCCAUCUGCACUCUGAUUCUCUCCACUGGUUACACCCCGAUUUGGGCGUGUCGCAUGUCAGGGAGAGAUAUGAGAAACAGCACCCCCAGGAGGAGUGGAGGUAUGAGCUGCGGAUGCGGUACCUUCCUAAAGGUUACCUUAGCCAUUUUUCUGAAGACAAACCCUCUCUCAACUACCUCUAUCACCAGGUCAAGAGUGACUACAUGCAACAUAUAGCUGAUCAGGUGGAUCAAGAUGUUGCUUUGAAACUGGGCUGUUUGGAAAUAAGGAGGUUCUUCAGAGAGAUGCCAGGAAACGCCCUGGAUAAGAAAUCCAAUUAUGAGCUACUAGAGAAAGAUGUUGGUCUGAGAAGGUUUUUCCCCAAAAGCCUGCUAGACUCCCUCAAGGCGAAGACUCUUCGUAAGCAGAUCCAGCAGACCUUUAAGCAGUUUGCUAACCUCAAUGAUGAGCAGAGCAUCCACAAGUUCUUUGAGAUAGUCUCUCCCAUCUACCGCUUCGACAAAGAGUGCUUCAAAUGUGCUUUGGGGUCUAGUUGGGUAAUAUCAGUAGAGUUAGCUAUCGGACCAGAGGAAGGAAUCAGCUACCUCACAGAUAAAGGUUCAAUGCCUACACACUUAGCUAACUUUAACCAGGUUCAGUCCAUCCAGUACUCUGCUUUGGAAGAGAAGGACAGGAAAGGCAUGCUGCAGCUCAAUGUAGCAGGAGCUCCAGAGCCCCUUACAGUCACCACGGCAUCGCUGACUACAGCAGAAAACAUGGCGGACUUGAUUGACGGCUACUGCCGGCUCGUCUCCUCGGCGACUCACUCCUUCAUUGUCAGAGUCCACAAAGAGGGGGACCGAGCUCUGCCUUCCAUCCCAAAAGUUUCGAAUCAUGAGAGGCGUAUGGAAAAACGGAUGGAUGGAGUACGGACCAGAGCCGUUUGUGUCUCAGGUCACACUAGUGGCGAUGAAACAGACGAUUAUGCUGAGAUCAUAGAUGAGGAGGACACUUAUACCAUGCCUUCAAAAUACUAUGGACUAGAUCAAGCGCGGGACUAUGAGAUUCAGCGAGAUCGUAUUGAGUUGGGACGGUGCAUAGGUGAGGGUCAGUUUGGAGAUGUCCACCAAGGAGUCUACAUCAGCCCGGAGAACCCUGCCCUGUCGGUGGCAGUCAAGACAUGCAAGAACUCCACGUCGGACAGCGUCAGGGAAAAGUUUCUCCAAGAAGCAUUGACUAUGCGUCAGUUUGACCACCCCCACAUUGUGAAGCUGAUGGGAGUCAUCACUGAGAAUCCAGUGUGGAUCAUCAUGGAGCUCUGCACAUUAGGAGAGUUACGGUCAUUUCUCCAGGUGAGGAAGUACAGUCUGGACCUCGCCAGUCUCAUCUUGUACUCAUAUCAGCUCAGUACAGCACUGGCAUACCUGGAGAGCAAACGCUUUGUACACAGGGACAUCGCAGCACGCAACGUGUUGGUGUCUACAGUCGACUGUGUAAAACUGGGGGACUUUGGUUUGUCACGAUACAUGGAAGAUAGCUCUUACUACAAAGCAUCUAAAGGCAAACUUCCUAUUAAAUGGAUGGCUCCAGAAUCCAUCAACUUCAGACGGUUUACCACAGCCAGUGACGUCUGGAUGUUUGGAGUCUGUAUGUGGGAGAUCUUAAUGUUCGGCAUCAAGCCUUUCCAGGGUGUGAAAAACAAUGAUGUCAUUGGCAGGAUAGAGAACGGCGAGCGCCUGGCUAUGCCCCCUCAGUGCCCUCCUACUCUCUACAGCUUGAUGACAAAGUGUUGGUCGUAUGAUCCCAGCAAGAGGCCGCGCUUCACUGAACUCAAAACACAACUGAGCACUAUAUUAGAGGAGGAGAAGCUCCAGCAAAAGGAGAGGAGCAGGAUGGAGAUGAGGAGACAGGUCACUGUUUCGUGGGACUCCGGAGGGUCUGAUGAAGCUCCACCAAAACCAAGUAGACCGGGCUAUCCCAGUCCUCGCUCUAGUGAAGGUUUUUACCCCGGUUCCCAACAUCCUGGACACUACCAGAUGGCGGGGUAUCCCGGCCCUCACACCCUCCCGUCGGUGCCCAGCGCCCUGUACCCCCCACAGGCUACCAUGCUGGAAACGCACCACGCACACACACACCCCCGCCACCAUGUCCACACACACUCACACGCGCAGCACCUUCCCCAGCCACAUGGACACGACAUGGCGCUGUGGGGCUCUGUGAUGGAGGACAGGGCAGUAGACAUGCAGCAGUGUGUAGGUCCACAGUGCCUGUUAAUGGAGGAACAGCUGAUGAUACAACAGCAGCAGAUGGAGGAGGACCAGAGGUGGCUGGAGCAAGAGGAAAAGCUGCUGAAGCCCGACUCUAGAAGUUCAAGAGGGAGUCUGGACAGAGAAGAUGGAGGACUCCAACCACCAACAGGAAACCAGCACAUAUACCAACCCGUUGGCAAACCAGAGCACGCAGCUCCCCCAAAGAAACCCCCUCGACCUGGGGCCCAGAGCCAAGUGGGUAGUCUGGCCUGUCUAAAUACUGGAGACAGCUACAAUGAUGGAGUCAAGCCCUGGCGGCUGCAGCCCCAGGAGAUAAGCCCGCCCCCCACCGCCAACCUGGACCGCUCCAACGACAAGGUGUACGAGAAUGUGACAGGACUGGUUAAAGCUGUGAUCGAGAUGUCGAGCAAAAUUCAGCCGGCUCCCCCAGAGGAAUACGUUCCCAUGGUCAAGGAUGUGGGUCUGGCAUUGAGGACGUUAUUGGCGACAGUGGAUGAGACUCUACCACAACUCCCAGCCAGUACACACAGAGAGUGCUGUGUUUUUCUUCAACAGAUUGAGAUGGCACAGAAACUCUUGAACUCUGACUUGGCUGAGCUGAUUGGAAAGAUGAAGUUAGCCCAACAAUAUGUGAUGACCAGUCUCCAGCAGGACUACAAGAAACAGAUGUUGACAGCGGCUCACGCUCUCGCAGUCGACGCCAAGAACCUGCUUGAUGUCAUCGACCAAUCACGGCUCAAGAUGAUGGCCCACUCCCGCCCACACUAGCCCUGCCUCAGCUGAGCUGACCAACAGGAGCUGGUCUGGUAUUUAGGAGACAGCAGUGUUUGCUGUUAGCAGUGGAGAGCUAAAGACUCCUGGAUUAAUGACGUCGAUCGUGAUAUGUCAGAGCAGCUGGAGAAAACAGCAGCUCUGACACUUUGACAACAGUCCGUGAAGAAUCAUUAGAUGUUGAAUCCUGUGUAGGCUGCGGUAGUCAAUUCUCCCCCACUGUGACUUUCUAACAGAGCAAAAACACUUUCUGAAUCAGGGACUUGGCAGCUUCACUCUCUGUGGACAGGAAUAUAAUGAUGAAAGGAGGAAGAGUGAUGACUUUGGGUGAUGAUGUGUCUGAACCUGGAGAACUAUCAUGGGAGCAAGUGGAUCUGGAUUUGGGUUCGUCUGAGUGGAAUACAACUCUCAAGCAAAGCCAUCAGAACCUGAUUGGACUGCGUUUGAUCUGCAACAUAUCUGCAUGAAUCUUCACCACGGAAAUAGACUUUGACGUCAGCCGUACAUUUGUUGAUAUCAUGUGUUUUUACCCCUCGAUGUGAACCUUCUGCUCAGCUGAAAUACCUCCACAUCACCACGGAUUCUUUUGAACGGGCAGAUCAAACCAGAUGUUUUCAAUUCAGCUGUGGUGCUUCGAGCUGAUGCUUCAACAAUGGCCACCCACCCCUCCAUUGCUCCUCCUGUUUCUCUCUUCCAUCCAUUCCUGUCUUCCCUCUGUCUCAGCAGGUUUUAUUUAUAGACUCAGAAAUUGUAGAGGAGACGGAGGAAGAGAUGGAAAGAACAUGUCAACUGUCCUCCUCUUUCCUCUCUGGUUCACUCACUUUUCUUUCCUUUUCUUCUCACUGUCCUCCUUCCUGAAGUCUUCCUGAGCUCAUCUCUGAGCAGGUUUUAAAGACUCCAAAUGUGAAGAAUCCUACUCUAGUCUGGGUGAAACGCUCCAGACAGGGAACUCCCAACUCUCAAUUUAGUGUACUCUUUUUAUUGGCUGGCUCCAUGUUUUUUGUGUUGUUUUCAGCAGUCUUCUUCCUCUGUACUGACAUACAAUCCCAGCCGUGACUCUGGUGAGCAAAAAUGGAAUAAAAAAAAAAUGUGAGGAUUCAGUCUGGAUACUUCCUGUUUAUCUCGAAGGAAGAGGAAGCAUCAUGUCUCAGACUGGUCACUGAGCUUGACUUUUCCCAAUUUUUCUGUGAGGACGGUGUCUCCUCUUUUCUCCCCUCGCCUACAGUCCCAUUAUCGUUCAGUUGCUCCACGUGUAAGACUGGUGUCACACCUUAAACUGUCCCCUCACCCACCGGUGUCACAAAGUGAAUUUCCCCGGGGACACAAACGAAACCUCGCAACUGGAACCUUUGUGCUUUGAGUCCCAGUUUCUGUCAGGUGUAACUCUUUAAAAAUGUCUUGCAUAACAACAGGGGGACGAACACACAUGAAAGGUGGAGCCACGCGACUGGAACUUGUCUUGCAGGCACAACACAUUGAACUGAAAUACAGCUGAUCACACGUGUCUUUGUUAAUACUGACCCCACAUGGAGUAUGACAUACUGCUAUAUGAAACAUACUGGUGGCUGUACUGGUAUAGCAUGAUAUACUGGUAUGGAGAAGAGCAUAUUUGCACAGCACCAAAAAAAAAAUCUUAACUUUUUUUUUGUUUUUACCCUAUUUCACCCAGAUUGGUUUCUCAUGUUUAGCCAGCAACAACACUAUCAAAUAUCAGACAUCUGGGUGUAAUAGGGCUGAAAAAUAAAAAAAAAAGAAAUCAUAAAAACUGUCAAAAAACAAACAAAAAAAAAACAACCAAACAAUCUAUUUUAUCUCCUUGUUGUUGCGUAAAUCUGCUCAUGUUGGUAUAUUGUAAGCUAUACUGGUGUGUAUCACUGGUGAAUUGUACAGAACUCGUACUAGUAAACACUGGUUUUUAUUUUGUCUUCUGGGCUAAAUAAGCCGUCUUGUCAAAUAGGAGGAGAAAAAAAACCCAAUGAAAUAAAAUAAUGACAAAAUGGAA